AUGAGGAUGAUAUUUUUCUUUGUUUCCUUUGUUUCCUUCGUUGUCCAGAUUUGCAAUGCAAGCGUCAAUGAUGUCCCAGGCAUCUACGGGCCACUUCCUAUGGUGGCAGUCUCCAAUAUCAAUAAUAUCAACCCAUAUUUGAAGAGAUCACCAGGAGACUUCACCCAUCCUGGUCUCUGGCACUCUCAUGAUGAUCUGGAGCGUAUUCGUACCAAUGUGCUGUCCAACAAAGAUCCCUGGGCCUCCACCUUCGCCAAUUUUAGUACUGACACCUUCUCCCUGUCAAAAUACACUAUGCAAGGGCCACAAGCUAUCAUUUCACGAGGAAAAGUCAGCAACUACACAGCAUUUGCCCAUGAUGCCCGUGCUGCGUGGCAGAAUGCAUUGAUGUGGUACAUUACCAAAGAUCAAGCCCAUUGGGACCGCAGUACCACGAUUCUAGAUGCUUGGGGGUCGAACUUGACAGAUAUUAUUGGAAUUGAUCGUUCGUUACUAAUAGGUCUUGAUGGUGACCUUUUCGUCAACGCCGCCGAAAUCAUGCGAUGGGAGGGGAAUUGGACUGAAGCGGGUGCGUCUUGGCGAGGAGGCUCCGGGUUUAGCAAUCAGCUAUAUUGGCUGUUCUCUCGACAGGCAGCAGUCAUUGGACAAGCAAACUACGGCAUGGUAAGUAUCAAGUCAUUAAUGAGCUUUGCUGUAUAUUUGGAUGAUGUCACCCUGUACAACUACGCCAUGAACAGUUUUAUCAACGAUCCGUGUGCUAGCCUGUUUGCCAUGUACAAUUCGAAAACUGGACAAUCUGUGGAGUCGGGUCGUGAUCAAUCUCAUACGAUGUCCGGUAUUGCUUGGACUGCAUAUGCGGCCCGAGUGGGUCAAACUCAAGGGGUAGAUCUCUAUAAACUCGGAGAUAAUCUAUUACUUAAGGCAUCCGAAUAUACCGCCGCAUACAACCUGAACGAAAAGGUUUCUUACGAUCCAGCUUGGCACAGGUGUGAGGCAGUCCUGGUUGGUGCUCCGUGGCCCGCUAUAUCCGAGUACAACAGAGGAGUUUCCAAUACACAGCCGGUUUGGGACAUCAUGUAUUACCAAUAUGUCGUCAAACGAAAAAUAAAAGCGCCAUGGACGACACAGGCCCAGAAAGAAGAGGGUCAGGAGGGGCCUGUGUCAACUAAUGACCAUCCAAGUUGGGGCGGGCUGAUCUGGGCCUAUUAA